AUGUCCGCCGAAGACACGUCGGGUGCCAAGGUCUACUUGGUCUCCAACGAUAAUGCCACUUUGCAAGUCGACCGUGUUGUUGCCCAGCGCUCCAUUCUCAUUAAGCACAUGAUGGAGGACAUUGGUUAUGACACCAUCAGCCAGGAUAAUCCUAUCCCAAUUCCCAACGUAAACGAGGCCGUCCUCCGCAAGGUUAUCGAGUGGUGCGAGCAUCACCGCAACGAUCCUCCUCAAGCUCAAGACGAUGAGUCUGACGGCCGACGACGUACCACCGACAUCGAGGAGUGGGACCAAAAGUUCAUGCAGGUUGACCAGGAAAUGCUGUUUGAGAUUAUUCUGGCUGCCAACUACCUUGACAUCAAGCCGCUGCUUGAUGUCGGCUGUAAGACUGUGGCCAACAUGAUCAAGGGAAAGUCACCAGAAGAGAUCCGCAAGACUUUCAACAUCACCAAUGACUUUACCCCCGAGGAGGAGGAGCAGAUCCGAAGAGAGAACGAGUGGGCCGAGGACCGGUAA